CGACAUGAAGCAUCCCGAUGCAGCAAAAGAAAAGGGGGCCCGUAGCCAAGCACGAUUCACAGCAACUAUGUACGUGCACUGAGAGUGCAGCGGCACUGAGCUACCUGGACACAGCAUGGCUCCGCCGUGCCUCCAGGUGCUCGCCGCCGCCGUGGCCCUGGCCCUGGCGCUGGCAGCCGGCGGCGCCGGCGCGUUCGAGUUCCAGGAGGCCACCGUGGACGCCAUCCAGCUGGGCCUCCGGAACGGCAGCCUCACCUCGGCGGCGCUCGUCCGGUUCUACCUGGACCGGAUCGCCCGCCUCAACCCGCUGCUCCGUGCCGUCAUCGAGGUCAACCCGGACGCGCCCGCGCAGGCGGCGCGCGCCGACGCCGAGCGCGCGGCGUCGGGGGGCCGCUGCGCCGCGGGGCUGCACGGCGUCCCCGUCCUGCUCAAGGACAACAUCGCCACGCGCGACCGACUCAACACCACGGCCGGCUCCCUCGCGCUGCUCGGCUCCGUCGUCCGCCGCGACGCCGGCGUCGCCGCCCGCCUCCGCCGCGCCGGCGCCGUCAUCCUCGGCAAGGCCAACCCCUCCGAGUGGUCCAACUUCCGACAGGUCGAUCCCGGCUGGAGCGCCCGCGGCGGCCAGACCAAGAAUCCGUACGUCCUGUCGGUGACACCGUGCGGGUCGAGCGCCGGGCCCGGCGUCGCCGCGGCGGCGAACAUGGCCGCCGUGACGCUGGGAUCGGAGACGGCCGGCUCCAUAAUCUGCCCGUCGGUGCUCAACUCCGUGGUUGGGAUCAAACCGACUGUCGGGCUCACCAGCCGGUCAGGCGUCAUCCCGAUCACGCCUCGCCAAGACACCAUCGGGCCAAUGUGCCGGACGGUGUCUGAUGCCGUCCAUGUGCUGGACGCCAUUGUCGGCUACGACGAGCUUGACGCUGAGGCUACUGGAGCAGCUUCCAAGUACAUCCCGCGUGGGGGUUACAGGCAGUUCCUGAGGAUGGAUGGACUAAGGGGCAAGAGGAUUGGUGUCCUCAAAGGGUUCUUUGAGCAGUAUGAGCCUGAGCCCCGGAGGGUCUAUGAGAAGCAUCUCAGCACAAUGAGGCAUCACGGAGCCAUCUUGAUAAAGGACCUUGACCUCGCAGUGAAUUGGACCGAUCUCGUGGACCAAAUGGGCCUUCUGAUAAGUGCAGAGUUCAAGUUGAGCCUGAAUGCUUAUCUGAAGGAUCUGCUGUACUCUCCGGUCCGCUCCCUCGCACAAGUCAUAGCAUUCAACAAUGCACACCCAGUACAGGAGAGGCUUAAAGAUUUUGGGCAGGCCGAUCUCAUUGCGGCCGAGAAGACCAGCGGCAUCGGCGCAGCGGAGAGGGCCGCGCUCCGGCGGCUCAACGAGCUGUCCGCGGGUGGCCUGGAGAAGACGGUGAAAGAGCACCGGCUGGACGCCGUCGUGGUGGCCAACAACGACAUCUCCGCCGUCCUCGCAAUCGGCGGUUAUCCCGGGAUCGCCGUGCCGGCCGGGUACAGCGAGGAGGGAGUCCCCUUCGGGAUAGUCUUCGGCGGGCUCAGGGGCUACGAGCCCAGGCUGAUCGAGAUGGCCUACGCGUUCGAGCAGGCUACCAAAGUCAGAAGGCCGCCUGCUUUCAGGCAUUAGCCUGACAGCCAGUAGCGGCAUGCCGCAAGAAAUUGCGAUAAUAAAUCGGCCGCAUUCGAAGGUGAAAAUAUGCUCUGUUUACAGCGGCUACAUCCUGAUUCUCGUAGGACAGGAGCUGGAGCUCUUGUCCUUUUCAGUCAAAACUGAAUAUUGUUGUGAAUCUCAUGUUGUAGUCAUGACUGAUGAGCUAUGGACGUUCCAGGGGAUAUUCGGGGGCGUAGCUAUAUGUCACAGCGGGCAACAA